CGCGGCGCACUUCUGUUCUUUUGAGGUAAUUUCUUCCCGCACUGUAGCACUUUAGCUCAAACGAAUACAUGUUGGUUUGAAGAUUAGCAUACUGUUUAUGUGAUAGUCAUUUUGAAAUUUCAAUUCUCCAGCCGACGCGGCUCACUUCUGCACUUUCUAGAUCCUUUCUUCUCUGCAAAAGAUGGCUAGGAACGACAACGGUCCGGAUAUUAGAUCUGAGCACGAGUACAAAGGUAUUAAAUAUCCCAACGUCGUCCUGGAUUCCAGUAUCGACCGGAUGAAAACAUUUCAAGUGCGAGAAGAUGACGUCUGGAUUGUGACAUAUCCUAAAUCAGGAACCCACUGGAUGAUGGAGAUCGUUGGUCUUAUCCUAAGCGGCGGGGAUCCAGAUCAAAUCAAUCGAUCCCUCUACUCAUCCACCGCAGAAAUGAUAUGUAUGGAUCAAGAUUUUCCUACUUCUAAGGAGAAGGAAAAGUUACAUCCUCUAGACUUGUCCCCAUUCUUGGAUGUCAUCGAAAAAGCGCCCUCACCCCGGGUUAUUUUGAGUCACCUGAACUUUGACCUUCUGCCUCAAGACCUACUGAAGUCCAAGGUUGUGUACGUUGCCCGCAAUCCCAAGGAUAUCAUUGUGUCGUGGUUCAACUUUGUAGGAAAGAACCCCGCUCUACCUCUAACGAUGGACAAGGCGAUCAAGGACUUGGUGUCUGGUGAAAUGCACUGGGGUCCUUGGCCAGAACAUGUACGCCGAUUCUGGGAGCAAAGAGACCAUGAGAAUGUAACCUUUGUUUUCUACGAGGAUCUGAAAAAGGAACCGGCAAAGUACAUUCAGAAAAUUGCAAGUGGUAUUGGUCGCCCUCUAUCGGAGGAAGUUCUACGUAGCGUUGUUAAAUUCAGCCACAUUGACGCACAGAAAGAAACAUUCAAGAAAUUGGCGGACAGCGGGAAAGGCAAGCUAGUGAAAGCAUCUGGCGAGUUCUCCUUUAUUAACAAAGGAAUAAGUGGUCGCUGGAAAACCCACUUUACCGUGGCACAGAACGAAGCCUUUGAUGAAUGGUAUAAAAACAAGAUGGCGGACACCGAUCUCCAGUUUACAUUUGAGUAACCGAAACACGUACAGAUCUGCUUCGUAUAUAUACAUUUAUCAUAUCUACAUUAAAGGACACCUCACAAAAAGAUAUAACUUCACUUAUUCUGAGAGAUUUGUUGUAUUUUUGCCAAUUGAUAUUAUAAGAUUUUUGUUUUACUAAUAAAGAGAUAUGCCAUUAUCUCCCUUUUUCAAGUGAAGAUGUGUAAACUAAAGAUGCAUUACUUUAUCGUUAAAGAUAAAGAUAAAUUCUGGUCAUGUGAUUGCAUUGUGAA